ACCGCCAGCCCGCCCGAGCCGGAGGAGCCGGGCUCGCCGCGGAGCGCCCGGCGGCGGAGGGCAGAGCCGGGCUGCGGGAAGCCGCGGCGGGCGCGCACCGCCUUCACCUACGAGCAGCUGGUGGCCCUGGAGAACAAGUUCCGAGCCACGCGGUACCUGUCGGUCUGCGAGCGCCUCAGCCUGGCGCUGUCCCUCAGCCUCACCGAGACACAGGUGAAGAUCUGGUUCCAGAACCGCCGUACCAAGUGGAAAAAGCAGCACCCGGGCGCCGACGGGGCGGCCCCCGCAGCAUCCCCCGCGGCGGCGGCGGCGGCGAGCGGCGGCAGCCCCAGCCCGCCGGGCCCCGCUGCUCUCCCCUUCCAGACUUUCCCUUCCUACGCCGCCUCCAACGUGCUGGUGCCGCCGGCCGCCCCCUUCCCGCUGGGCGCCGGCCCCUUCGCACCCUUCCUGGGCCCCGCGUACCUCGGCCCCUUCUACGCCCCGCACCUCUGAGGCGGCAGCGGCGGGGCAGCCCCCGGGAGCCAGGAGGAGCCAGGAGCGCACCUCAGCCCUUCUGACCCAGCGGGGAACACCGUCAUCACUUCUGCUUGCGUGGCCAUUUGAAGUGUAAGAAAGUUGAUUUUUCCUAGGCGUCGCGGCAGCGUGCUUAACUUUGACACACAGAGAAAAAAAAAACCCCACUGUAACCACUGGAUUUUAUUAGCACCUUUGAGAUGUAAUUAUAGGUGUUGGAGAUGGGAAAAGUAACCCUCUUUACACAUGCCUGACACUAAUUCCCUGCAGAUUCUUCUCCAAGUUCAUUGUUAAGAUGCUCUUCGUUGCUGUUCGGCUUGCCAGCACACGUCUGAAGCCUCGGGGGCUCGGGAGCUGUGGCACUCGUUAGCACUGCUGCGAUCCUGAUGCUGAUGAGGGUGCAGGCGGCCGUGUCGGAUCCCAGGGAUGCUCGGCAGUGAAGACGUCCCCAGGCUCUGACUGUGCCCGUGGGACUCUACUGAGCCCUGUUUGACCCACGUUUCAUUGUCGUUUCUGAAAACUGCCAGUUAUGUUCUUGACACCCUACCCGGAGGAGAGCUUUACUUGGGAAGGUGCAGGAAAAUGCAGCUCUGUGUCAUCGGGAGACAAAAAGGAAAAAUCUGCCUGGUUAGUGGGAAAGUGUUCAACUGCUGCUCAUGUCCACAGCCUCUCUGCCUUUCUCUGCAGUUCAGUCCCAAUGACUUCGCAGGUUUUGGAUAAGAAAUCUAAAGAUCAUUCGUUUUGCAGAGACCAGUUGUUCUUGUAAUAACACAGCAUUAGUGCCAAAUGAGGCAGAAAUGAAAACAUAAAUCAGAGAAAAUGAUUACAUUAUUCAUUUCUUUAAAAAUGGGGCAUUUGUGGUAGAAAGUAAGUAAAACACAGAAUUUCCAGCAUGCUGAGACCUACUUUCCAUAACAGAAAAACACAUGCUUUUUCUGGUUUUGCUUUUUGGAGCAUUUGUUAGAAGAAAAAUCACAUUUCAUCUUCAUCAUUACAAGCAUCAGAAUGAAAAGGAAUUUUAGCUGGGGGCUCAUCUGUCCCUGAAUGGAUGGGAAGUAAUUGGUUCAAAAAAAUCUGUCUCAUGCAGUUUUACAAAUUAUUACAACACAGUAUUCCAGACUGUAUCCUCUCGGUCUCUGACAAUGCUUUAAAGUACACACUGGCUUUCCAACCAAAAAACUUAGCUCAUAAAUCCUAUCUAGCUCUUGUGUUGG